AUGCAUGACAGGUGUCGGAUGGAGUUUAGGAAACAUAGACAUAGUAAGUGUCGGAUAGAGUUUAGGAAAAGACAUGUUAAGUGUCGGAUAGAGUUUAGGAAACAGAGACAUAGUAAGUGUCGGAUAGAGCGUAGAAAACAGAGACAUGGUAAGUGUCGGAUAGAGUUUAGGAAACAGAGACAUGGUAAGUGUCGGAUAGAGUUUAGGAAACAGAGACAUAGUAAGUGUCGGAUAGAGCGUAGAAAACAGAGACAUGGUAAGUGUCGGAUAGAGUUUAGGAAACAGAGACAUGGUAAGUGUCGGAUAGAGUUUAGGAAACAGAGACAUAGUAAGUGUCGGAUAGAGCGUAGAAAACAGAGACAUGGUAAGUGUCGGAUAGAGUUUAGGAAACAGAGACAUGGUAAGUGUCGGAUAGAGUUUAGGAAACAGAGACAUAGUAAGUGUCGGAUAGAGCGUAGAAAACAGAGACAUGGUAAGUGUCGGAUAGAGUUUAGGAAACAGAGACAUGGUAAGUGUCGGAUAGAGUUUAGGAAACAGAGACAUAGUAAGUGUCGGAUAGAGCGUAGAAAACAGAGACAUGGUAAGUGUCGGAUAGAGUUUAGGAAACAGAGACAUGGUAAGUGUCGGAUAGAGUUUAGGAAACAGAGACAUAGUAAGUGUCGGAUAGAGCGUAGAAAACAGAGACAUGGUAAGUGUCGGAUAGAGUUUAGGAAACAGAGACAUGGUAAGUGUCGGAUAGAGUGUAGAAAACAGAGACAUAGUAAGUGUCGGAUAGAGCGUAGAAAACAGAGACAUGGUAAGUGUCGGAUAGAGUUAAGCAAACAGAGACAUGGUAAGUGUCAGAUAGAGUUUGACGAACAGAGACAUGGUAAGUGUCUGAUAGAGUUAAGGAAUCAGGGACAUGGUAAGUGUCAGAUAGAGUUUGACAAACAGAGACAUGGUAAGUGUCUGAUAGAGUUUAGCAAACAGAGACAUGGUAAGUGUAUGAUAGCGUUUAGCAAACAGAGCCUUGUUAAGUGUCGGAUAGAGUUAAGGAAGCAAAGACAUUAUGGCAGGUGUGUCAAAGGGUUUAGAAAACAGAGACAUGGCAAGUGUCACAUGGCAGGUGUCGGAUAG